AUGGAAGGAACAAGUGAUGUUUCAGCACUGAAGAUGUUGAAUCAUGUGUUGGUGAAAUUGGAUCACUUUGAUGGAACCAAUUUCUCUCGAUGGAAAGACAAGAUGAAAUUCUUACUUACUUUACUAAAACUUUUUUAUGUCUUGGACUCGAAUUUGAUGCCUUUACUUACUACAACUGAUGAAGACAUUGAUGAGAUAAAGGCACAAAGAAAGAAAAAGGAGGAAGACAAACUAAUUUGCAGAGGGCACAUUCUCAAUACUCUUUCGGAUCAUCUUUAUGAUCUUUACACAUCAAUGAAUUCACCAAAAGAGAUUUGGAAUACUUUGGAGGCAAAGUACAAAACUGAGAAAGUAGGUAUGAACAAGCUUAGUAUUCAAAAGUACUUUGAUUAUAAAAUGCUUGAUAAUAUUUUAGUUUUGGAUCACGGGCAUGAGUUACAGAUAUUGGUCAAUGAACUCCAUGAUUUGUCAAUCAAUAUUCCUGAAUCAUUCCAAUUAGGAGAAAUCAUUGCAAAACUCCCACCAAGUUGGAAUAAUUUUAGGAAGAAGCUUUUGCAUAUGUCAGAAGAUCUCACUUUAGAACAAUUCGAACAUCAUCUCCAAAUUGAAGAGGAAAGUUAG